AUCCUGAACUGAACAUUCCACUCCUGACAGCAUGAGCUGCUACUAUGGCAACUACUAUGGUGGGCUGGGCUAUGGCUAUGGUGGCCUAGGCUGUGGCUAUGGCUGUGGCUAUGGUGGCUAUGGCUGUGGCUAUGGUGGCUAUGGCUAUGGUGGCCUAGGCUGUGGCUAUGGUGGCUAUGGUUAUGGAUGCUGCCGUCCACUCUGCUACAGAAGAUACUAUUCCUAUGGCUUCUACUGAGGCAUUUCCUUAGCUGCUGAGCCUACUGGCUGUCACAUCCUGUCUCACUGGAAUCAUCUCCAAUUUUCUUCACAUGAGAAAUGUUUGAAUAUCUUCAUCAAUACCAACUAUACACCAAACUAAUUGAAAAAAAUGAAUGGAAUCAGCAUGCUUGUAUUGAUUCCUCAUUACCUCUUGAAUUAUGUGAUUGUUGGAGAAGUUUUUCCUUUGAUAAUUAUCCUUGUAACACUAUGUAAAAUGUGAUUGAAUCUGAUUCACAAUGGCUGUAUAAAAAGAUACAUAUCUUAAAUAAAUUGUUUUUCACUGCAAUAAUGGCUUUGCUACAGUUGUUCUAAAUUGUCUCCAUCAGUGUAACAUGUAUAUUUAUGUGUUUGCAAGUGAUUAGUUUUGUGUGU